AUCGAAAGUGAAAGGUUGAAUCCCUACAGUUAUCAAUAUCAACACUUUGUUGAGACGUGGCGGACAGACAGGCUUUGUUGGAUGUAGACGUCUUUGAAACUUGAUAUUUCACUAGAGGAACCUAUUUCGUGGUGAGCGUCAUGGCUGUGAACUCUCUGGACCUGCUCUUCAGAACUCUGGAUGAGUUGGAGUCUGCAGAGCUGAAGCGGUUCAGGACGUACCUGUCUGAGAGGACGGUGGAGGGGUUUGAGCCCAUCCCCAGAGGAAAGCUGGAGGGCAAGGAUGCUACAGACGUUGCCUCUAUGAUGAAGAACGCCUAUGGGGAGGAAGGCUCAGUGAAAAUGACUCUGACCAUCCUGAGGAAGAUGAACCUCAACAACCUUGUAGACAAACUAGAGAGACCACAGACACAGAGACCUCCAUCUCCAGUGCCCAGCGGUGUGUCCAUGAAUUCCAUGCCUGAGCAUCCUACCUUCAGUAGUGGACCAGUCCCAUCAGGACUAAAGGAUGUUGCAGAGUCAGGAGAUAGAGAUGAUGCAAUUCUGCAGGAAGUCAAAGCAAAGUACAAAGAGUGGAUGAUAGAGAAGUUUGGUAAGAUUCAUGAGUGUAUUGAGGAUGGGAAGAACAAAACACUCCUGAGAAAGAUCUACACAGAGCUCUAUAUCACAGAGGGAGAGAGUGAAGGCGUCAACACUCAACAUGAGAUUCGCAGGAUUGAAACACAAAUAAAAUUCCAAAGGGCAAAUGAAGACAAAAUCAACUGUAAUGACAUCUUUAAGUGUUUACCAGAUCAAGAGAAAAUUCGAACUGUAAUGACCACAGGCAUUGCUGGCAUCGGAAAAUCUGUAUGUGUGCAAAAGUUCAUUCUGGACUGGGCAGAAGAAAGGGCACAUCAGGAUGUUGAUUUCAUAUUUGCACUUCCAUUCCGUCAGUUAAACUUGAAACAAAAUGAUUCAUACUCUCUUCACAAACUCCUCCAUGUCUUCCAUAAAUUGAAUGAAAAUGACAUAAAUCCAGAUGUGCUUUGUAAGUUGAAGAUCAUGUUCAUCUUUGAUGGUCUGGAUGAGAGCAAACUCCCUCUGAAUGUAGAACAAGACAUGGAUGAUCCCCUGAAGACUGCAUCAGUGGAUGUGUUGAUAACCAACCUCAUCACAGGAAAUCUACUGCCUAAUGCGCUUAUUUGGAUAACUUCCCGGCCAGCAGCUGUCAAAAUGAUCCCUCCUAAAUACAUUGACAGGUGGACAGAAGUACAAGGGUUCAAUGACCAACAGAAGGAUGAAUACUUCAAGAAGAAGAUUGAGAAUCCAGCAAAAAUCGCUCGCAUUAAAAGGUCAAAGAGCCUCUACAUCAUGUGCCACAUCCCUGUCUUCUGCUGGAUCUUAGCAUCUGUGCUUCUGAAAAUGAACAGUCAUACCAACACCAGUGACUUGCCUCAAACACUGACUGAGGUCUAUAUUUGUUUCCUACUCACUGAGACAAACAGGAAGGGCCAAAAAUAUGGCAAAGGUUUUGAACGAGAUGAUAAAAAACGUCUGAAGUCCAACAAAGAUGCUAUUUUGAAAUUAUCUGAACUAGCAUAUAAAGAACUGCUGAAGGGUAAUAUUUUGUUUUAUGAAGACAAUUUGAAUGAGUGUGGCAUCAAUGAAGAAGACAUUACAUUGUACUCUGGCAUGUGCUCUGAGUUCUUCAUGAGUGAGUGUGCUGUUGACCAACGUAAAGUCUACUGCUUUGUGCAUCUGAGCAUUCAGGAGUUUCUGGCUGCAUUGUUUGUGUUUCACUCCUUUGUGACUAAGAACACAGAAGCCCUGAGACAAUUUAUCUCACAAGAAUCUCUUUCCAACCUUUCCAUGGCUGAGUUUUUAAGAACUGCAAUAGAUAAAUCCAUGCAGAAGGAAGAUGGACAGCUGGACCUUUUCCUCCGCUUCCUCUUGGGCAUGUCACUUGAGUCCAACCAGAAACUCCUACAAGGCCUUCUGACACAUAUAGAGAGCAGUUCAGACAGUCUCAAGGAAACAGCCGAACAUAUCAAAAGAAUUCUGAGUAAAGACACAAAAGUCCCUGAAAGAUGCAUGAAUCUGUUACUCUGUUUAUUGGAGAUGAAGGACAACUCCCUUCAUCAGGAGAUUCAGCAGUACAUAGACUCUGGAGAAAAGCUCUCACCUGCCCAAUGUUCAACACUGGCCUACAUGCUUCUGGUGUCAGAGGAAACACUGGAUGAGCUUGACCUGGCUAAGUACAAGUCAUCAAAUGAGGGUCGUCAGAGACUGCUUAUAGUGGUGAAGGCUUGUAGGAAAGCACGAUUGGUUGGUUGUGAGCUUAAAGAGGAAUCCUGUAGGGUCCUAACAUCUGCUCUUCAGUCCGAAUACUUCCUGUUGAAAGAACUGGACCUGAGCUCUAACCCUCUGAAGGAUUCUGGAGUGAGGUUGCUGUCUGUUGGGCUGAAGCAUGCUAACUGCAGGCUGGAAACACUGAGAUUGGUUGGUUGUGGUCUCACAGAGGAAUCCUGUGAGGUCCUAACAUCUGCUCUUCAGUCAGAACACUCCCUGUUGAAAGAGCUGGAUCUGAGUUCUAAUCCUCUGAUGGAUUCUGGAGUGAGGUUGCUGUCUGUUGGGCUGAAGCAUACUAACUGCAAGAUGGAAACACUGAGUCUUGCUGAUUGUAAGAUCACACAUAAUUCCUGUGAGAUUGUGGUGUCAGUUCUGCAGUCAACAAACGCCCUCAUAAAGCUGGACUUGGGUGAAAAUGACCUGGGGGAUUCUGGAGUUAAGCUUCUCUCUAAGGGACUAUCUAGUCCCGACUGCAAACUGCAGACAUUAAGGCUUGCUGACUGUAAACUCACAGAUAAAUCUUAUGAGAUGGUGGCUUCAGUUUUACAGUCACCAAACUCCCUACAGGAGCUAGACUUGAGUGACAAUGACCUGGGGGAUUCUGGAGCUCAGCUCCUCUCUAAGGGACUGUCCAGUUCCAACUGCAAAAUACACACAUUAAGACUUACUGACUGCAAACUCUCAGAGAAGUCCUGUGGAAUUGUGGCUUCUGUUCUACAGUCACCAAACUCCCUGAUAGAGCUGGACCUGAACUACAAUGACCUGGGAGAUUCUGGAGUUCAGCUUCUCUCUAAGGGACUGUCUAGUUCCCACUGCAAACUGCAGACAUUAAGACUUGCUAAAUGCACACUGUCAGAGAAGUCCUGUGGAAUUGUGGCUACUGUUCUACAGUCACCAAACUCCCUGAUAGAGCUGGACCUGAACUACAAUGACCUGAGAGAUUCUGGAGUUCAGCUUCUCUCUAAGGGACUGUCUAGUCCCCACUGCAAACUGCAAACAUUGAGACUUGCUAAAUGCAAACUCUUAGAGAAGUCCUGUGGAAUUGUGGCUACUGUUCUACAGUCACCAAACUCCCUGAUAGAGCUGGACCUGAGUCAUAAUGACCUGAGAGAUUCUGGAGUUCAGCUUCUCUCUAAGGGACUGUCUAGUCCCCACUGCAAACUGCAGACAUUAAGGCUUGCUGAAUGCACACUUACAGAGAAGUCCUUUGUAAGUGUGGCUUCUGUUCUACAGUCAUCAAACUCCCUGAUAGAGCUGGACCUGAGUCACAAUGACCUGAGAGAUUCUGGAGUUCAGCUUGUCUCUAAGGGACUGACUAGUCCCCACUGCAAACUGCAGACAUUAAGAUGUGCUGAGAGUAAUCUCACAGAUAAAUUCUGCGAGAUUAUGGCUUCAGUUCUACAGUCACCAAACUCCCUGCUACAGCUGGACCUGAGUGACCUGGGGGAUUCUGGAGUUCAGCUUCUGUCUAAGGGACUGUCUAAUCACCAUUGUAAACUGCACACAUUAAGACUUGCUGAAUGCAAACUCUCAGAGAAGUCCUGUGGAAUUGUGGCUACUGUUCUACAGUCACCAAACUCCCUGAUAGAGCUGGACCUGAGUCACAAUGACGUGGGAGAUACUGGAGUUCAGCUUGUCUCCAAGGGACUGUCUAGUCCCCGCUGUAAACUGCACACAUUAAGACUUGCUGAAUGCACACUCUCAGAAAAGUCCUGUAGAAUUGUGGCUACUGUUCUACAGUCUCCAAACUCCCUGAUAGAGCUGGACCUGAGUCACAAUGACCUUGGAGAUUCUGGAGUUCAGCUUCUCUUUAAGGGACUAUCUAGUCACUGCAAACUGCAGACAUUGAGGUUUGCUGGCUGUAUUCUCACAGAUAAAUCUUGUGAGAUUAUGGCUUCAGUUCUACAGUCACCAAACUCCCUGAUAGAGCUGGACCUGAGUCACAAUGACCUGGGAGAUUUAGGAGUUCAGCUUCUCUUUAACGGACUGUCUAGCCCCUACUGUGCAUUGCAGACAUUAAGAUUUGCUGGCUGUAAACUCACAGAUCAGUCCUGUGAGAUUGUGACUUCAGUUCUACAAUCAGUAAACUCAGCUCAGCUGCAACAGCUGGAUUUGAGUCACAAUGACCUGGGGGAUUCUGGAGUUCAGCCUCUCUCUAAGGGACUGUCUAGUCCCUACUGCAAUCUGCAGACAUUAAGGCUCAGGAAGUGUGGUUUCUCAGAUGAAGGUUAUGUUUGUCUGGCUCUCACUCUGAUGUUAAACCCCUCCUGUGUGAAAAAGCUGGACGUGAACAACAAUCAUCCUGGAGAAUCAGCACAGAAGCUAUUAUCUUCUACACUGAAGGAUCCUCACCGCAAAGUUGAAGCCCUUCGAUUUGCUGGCUGUAAACUCACAUUUCAGUCCUGUGAGAUUGUGACUUUAGUUCUACAGUCAACAAACUUAGCUCAGCUGCGACACCUGGACCUGAGUCACAAUGACCUGGGAGAUUCUGGAGUUCAGCUUCUCUCUAAGGGACUGUCCAGCCCCCACUGCAAACUGCAGAUAUUAAGGCUCAGAAAGUGUGGUUUCUCAGAUGAAGGUUAUGUUUGUCUGGCUCUCACUCUGAUGUUAAACCCCACCUGUGUGAAAGAGCUGGAUGUGAGCAACAAUUAUCCUGGAGGAUCAGCACAGAAGCUUUUAUCUGCUACACUGGAGGAUCCUCACCGCAAAGUUGAAGCACUUCGGCUUGCUGAAUGCACACUUACAGAGAAGUCCUUUGUAAGUGUAGCUACUGUUUUACAGUCGCCAAACGUCCUGAUAGAACUGGACCUGAGUCACAAUGACCUGAGAGAUUCUAGAGUUCAGCUUCUCUCUAAGGGAUUGUCUAGUCUCCAUUGCAAACUGCGGGCAUUAAGACUUUCUGAAUGCACACUCUCAGAGAAGUCCUGUGGAAUUGUGGCUACUGUUCUACAGUCACCAAACUCCCUGAUAGAGUUGGACCUGAGUCACAAUGACCUCAGAGAUUCUGGAGUACAGCUUCUUUCUACAGGACUGUAUAGUUCCCACUGUAAACUGCAGGCAUUAAGACUUGCUGAAUGCAAACUCUCAGAGAAGUCUUGUGAAAUUGUGGCUACUGCUCUACAGUCACCAAACUCCCUGAUCAAGCUGGACCUGAGUUACAAUGACCUGAGAGAUUCUGGAGUUCAGCUUCUCAUGAAUGAACUGUCUAGUUCCCAUUACAGACUGCAGACAGUAAGAUUUGCUGGCUGUAAACUCUCAGAGAAGUCCUGUGGAAUUGUGGCUACUGUUCUAAAGUCACCAAACUCCCUGAUAGAGCUGGACCUGAGUCAUAAUGACCUGGGAGAUUCUGGAGUUCAGCUUCUCUCUAAGGGACUGUCUAGUCCCCACUGUAAACUGCACACAUUAAGACUUGCUGAAUGCAAACUCUUAGAGAAGUACUGUGGAAUUGUGGCUACUGUUCUACAGUCACCAAACUCCAUGAUAGAGCUGGACCUGAGUCACAAUUACCUUGGAGAUUCUGGAGUUCAGCUUCUCUCUAAGGGACUGUCAAGUCCCCACUGCAAACUGCAGACAUUACGAGUGAUGCUUGCUGACUGUAAGCUCACAGAUAAAUUGUGCAAGAUUGUGACUUCAGUUCUACAGUCACCAAACUCCCUGCUACUACUGGACUUGAGUGGCAAUGACCUGGGUGAUUCUGGAACUCAGCUUCUCUCUGAGGGACUGUCCAGUUCCAACUGCAUACUGCAGACAUUAAGGCUUGCUGACUGUAAACUCGCAGAAAAAUCAUGUGAGAUUGUGGCUUCAAUUCUACAAUUACCAAACUCCCUGCUACAGCUGGACUUGAGUGACAAUGAACUGGGGGAUUCUGGUGUUCAGCUUCUCUCUAAGGGACUAUCUAGUUCUAACUGCAAAAUACACACAUUAAGGCUCUCUGAUUGUCUCAUCUUAGAAAAGGGUUGUGGUUUUCUGGCUUCAGCUCUGAGAUCAAACCCCUUCCAUCUAAAAGAGAUGGAUCUGAGCUACAAUCAUCCUGGAGAAUCAGGACUGGAGCUGUUAUCUGGUAGACUGGAGGAUCCUGUCUGUAAACUGGAGUUACUUAAAACUGACGAUGCUUCUGUAAGCAGAACACGACCAUGUUUGCUGAAAUAUGCCUGUGAGCUCACAGUGGAUCCAAACACAGCAGGGAGAAAUCUCUCUCUCUCUGACGGGAACAGAAAGGUGACACGUGCGAGUGAGAAGCAACUGUAUCCUGACCACCCAGAGAGAUUUGACUGGAAGUAUCAGGUGCUGUGUAGAGAGAGUCUGUCUGGACGCUGCUACUGGGAGGCUGAGUGGAGUGGAGAUGCAGCUCGUAUAGCUGUGGCCUAUAAAAGCAUCAAGAGGAAAGGGGAGGCUGAUGACAUCAUAAUGGGACUUAACGCAAAGUCCUGGAGUCUACGUUGCUCUCCUGACAGUUACUCUGCCUGGCACAAUAAUAAACACACUGUCAUACCUUCCCCCUCCUCCCGCUCCAGAAGAGUAGGAGUGUACCUGGACUGGCCAGAUGGUACUCUGUCCUUCUACAGCGUCUCCUCUGAUACACUCACCCACCUGCACACAUUUCACUCCACAUUCACUGAGCCACUUUGUCCAGGGUUUUGGGUUUGGUCAUCAGUAUCCCUGUGCCAGAUUUUACAUUUGCGUCAUUCCGUAUCAAAUCGGAAAAGGUGGUUACUGCACAGAUUUUAUUCAAACCUCAAGAAUUUUAUUUCCACCUUUGAAAAUACUUCAGUUUUACAGCCCAAAAAUAAAAUAGUCUGGUAAGCAAUGUUUGCUCAUUAAUAUUAUGAAAAGUGUUAUUCAUAGGCAGCCUAAACUUUGAGGAUGGAGGACAAACAUGUUCUCAGUAUGACUGAAGCAUUAAAGGUUUGUACGGCAUUCUCAUUAAUUUUCUACAAGGCCAUAGAUUUGGGGAAAAAGAUUGACAUUAAGGGUAGUAUAAACUUGUUUUUGUAUGCAUUUGGUAUCAAUAAUUAUUUUCUUUACAUACUAUAUUUUAUUAAGUGUUGUACUAUAUACUAUAUUAUAUUGUAUUAACCAAAAUUUGCUCUCCACAUGUAAUGGGGCUUGGAGAUUUUAAGGAUUAAACUAGGGGAGGUUAUGUUUUUCAGUCACUUUUUGUGAUUAAAAUGGAAUGUGGGGUAGUAGGCGCUUGAAAAUCUAUUUGAAAGUAGCCCGGUGUAUAGGCAUUAUGUGUAUGAUUACGUGUAUAUGUUAAUGUUGUACCGUAGAUAAAUAACAAAAUCAUUGUUUUGCCUCAGUGACAAUGCAUUUUUGGCUGAGACCUCAAAUAUUAGCUCAACAUUAAUAGUAUUGAAUUGGCAGACAAAGCAAUGAUCGGUGCCAUAUGGAUACAAAAAAUAUUUCAAUAUCAACAAUUUUUGCACUUUUUUCCAUAUCUAGGUCCUUAAGCUAUUACAUGCUAUUGUAUUACUUAGAUAUUAGGAUUGGGAAAUUUGAGAUGGUGUAGCAUCCAUUUUCCUGGAUUUUGUUUGAUUUGUCAUGGAAUGACCCAUUUAUUCAUUUGGCGGACGCUUUAUCAAAAGCGACUUUUGGAAAUGGAAUAACAGUUAAACUAUUAACAUUUAAGCAUUUUAACAUUUAAGCUUUAAAACUACAGUUAUAGAUACAGCAUUAGAUUCAGAAUAGAUUAGGAAUGACCUCUCUCUGACCCCAACCUCUUUUCAUUCUCUCUCUACUUCCUCUCCCCUAUCCUUCUCCUCUGUCUCUGCCCCCUCUCAUUUUCCUCAUCGCAUUCCACUCCCCCUCCUCCCAUUCUCUUCCCUCUUUCAUCCCUCCAUCUGUCACCUGUUUGUAUCAUUUUU